UAUCUAACAAUUAGUUUAGCUUAUUCAGAUGGCUUCAAACAGAAGUAAUAGUACUAGUAGUACCAUCCAAAGUAGCAGCAGUUUCUCUACAGCUAUGAUGACAUUCCCAAAUAAUGAUUAUUAUGACGUUUUCGUUAGCUUCAGAGGUAAAGACACACGGCAUAGCUUCACAGAUCAUCUUUUUGGUGCCCUCCGAAGAAAAAGCAUUGCCGCAUUCAGGGAUGAUACAGCUCUCAACAGAGGUGAAUCCAUAGCACCUGAGCUGCUUCGCGCAAUUGAAGGAUCUCAGAUUUUUAUUGUGGUCUUCUCUAAGAACUAUGCUUCCUCAAUUUGGUGCUUGCAAGAAUUGGAAAACAUUCUUCAAUGUGUUCAACUAUCGAAAAAACGUGUUUUGCCUGUUUUCUAUGAUGUUGGUCCAUCUGAUGUUCGAUGUCAAAGAGGAUGUUAUGCAGAAGCCCUUGCCAAACAUGAAGAAAAUUAUGACUUAGAGAUGGUGCAAAGAUGGAGGGUAGCUCUCUCGCAAGCCGCCAAUCUCUCUGGAUGGGAUCUACGUAAUAAGCCACAAUAUGCAGAGAUUGAAAUGAUUGUUCAGGAGAUAAUACAUAUGUUUGGUUACAAAUUUUCAUGUCUUCCAAAUGAUUUAGUUGGAAUGCUUUCUCCGGUAGAGGAAUUGGAAAUGUGUUUACUUUUGGACUCCGUUGAUGAUGUUCGGACUGUUGGAAUUUGUGGAAUGGGUGGAGUAGGGAAGACUACUCUUGCAGGUGUUUUAUAUGGCCGAAUCUCUCAUCAGUUUGAUGCAUGCUGUCUUAUUGAUGAUGUAAGCAAAGUUUUUAAAUAUUACGGUCCAAUCGGUGUACAAAAGCAAAUUCUACAUCAAACUCUAGGCGAAGAACACAAUCAAAUAUAUAAUCUUCACGACGGAACUAAUUUGAUACAAAAUAGGCUAUGCCGUCGUAGAUCUCUUAUAAUUUUUGACAAUGUUGAUCACAAUGAACAGUUGGAGAAACUAGCUGUGAAUCCUAAAUCGUUAGCUGCAGGAAGUAGAAUCAUUAUAGUUUCAAGAGAUACUCAUAUUUUGAAAGAGUAUGGAGUGAACACACUUUACAAAGUUCAGCCCUUGAAUCAGACAAACUCUCUUCAGUUAUUUUGUCGAAAAGCUUUCAAAUGUGAUAACAUUAUGAAUGAUGCUUAUAAGGAGUUGACAUAUGACAUAUUGAAUAUUGCUCGUGGCCUACCAUUAGCGAUUAAAGUGAUAGGUUCAUUUUUGUUUGGUCGAAGUAUCUCUGAAUGGAGAAGCGCUCUUACUAGAUUGCGAGAAAGUCCAAAUAAAUAUAUUAUGGACGCACUUCAGUUUAGUUUUUAUGGGCUAGAGGAAAUGGAAUUACAAAUGUUUCUUGAUAUCGCUUGUUUUUUCAACGGGAGUGAGGAAAACUUUGUUAAAAAUGUUUUGAAUUGUUGUGGAUUUCAUCCUGAUAUUGGACUAAGAGUUCUGGUUGAUAAAUCACUCAUAAGCAUUUCAGAUGAAAGUAAAAUUGAAAUGCAUGGUAUGUUGGAAAAGUUAGGAAGAAAGAUUGUUCAAGAAAAUUCAACAAAAGAGGCCAGGAAGUGGAGUAGGUUGUGGCUCCACAAAUAUUGCUACAAUGUUAUGUCAGAGAAUAUGGAAAAGAAUGUUGAAGCCAUAGUUUUGAAUGGAAAUGAAAGAGAUACAGAAACAUUGAUGGCCGAGGCUCUGUCAAAUAUGAGUCGUCUUAGAUUGCUCAUACUCAAGGAUGUUAAGUUUUUAGGAAGCCUCAACAAUCUUUCUAAUCAACUAAGAUAUGUUGCAUGGAAUGGCUAUCCUUUCAUGUAUUUGCCAUCGAGUUUUCAGCCCAAUCAACUUGUUGAAUUGAUUUUGGUGGAUAGUAACGUCGAACAACUAUGGGAAGACAAGAAGGAUCUGCCUAAUUUGAGGACUUUGGAUUUAAGCUACUCCAAAAAUUUAAUGCGGAUGCUAGAUUUUGGACAUGUCACGAAUCUUGAACGGCUAAACCUUGAAGGAUGCGUAAAGCUUGUGGAGUUAGAUCCAUCAAUUGGUCUUGCAAAGAAGCUUGUUUUCUUGAAUUUGAAAAAUUGCAAAAGUCUUAUAUGCAUACCUAACUGCAUAUAUGAUCUCAACUCUCUUGAAUAUUUAAAUCUUUGCAGUUGUUCCGAAGCGUUUAACAAUCCAUGCCAUUUCGAGUUACCUUCCUUGGCUAGCUUAUCUUGUUUGCGCGAAGUUGAUUUGAGUUUUUGCGGUCUAAGCCAACUCAGUGAAACUAUUAGAUGUCUAAGUUGUCUGCAAAGAUUGAAUUUAGGAGGAAACAAUUUUGUGACAUUGCCGAGCUUGAAGGAGCUUUCGAAACUCGUAUAUUUGAACCUAGAGCAUUGCAAUCUGUUAAAAUCUUUGCCUGAUCUUCCUUCACCAGCUGCCAUAAAGCAAGAUGAAUAUUGUAGAGUGGGAAUGUAUAUUUUCAACUGUCCUGAAUUGAGUGAGACUGAGACGGAAAGUUGCAGUAGCAUAACUUUGUCAUGGAUGAUGCAAUUCAUUCUAGCAAACCAAGAAUCAUCUGCAUCCUUUGAUCAUUGGGUUGAAAUCGUUACACCAGGAAGUGAAAUACCAAAGUUGUUCAACAAUCAAAAGGCGGGUGAAUCAAUAAGCAUAGAUCCAUCCUGCAUUAUAGAUGACAAUAAUGCCAUUGGCAUUGUUUGUUGUGUAGUGUUUUCUGUGGCAUCUCAUGAUCCAACUGCAACAACAAAUGAACAGAAACUCGUCUUACUUCUAAGAUUUCAUAGAGAUGAACAGGAACGUCAUUUUAACAUUCCAGUAAAUACAAAUCUUGUUAUAGUCCAAUCAUCUCACUUGUGGCUAACCUAUUUCACUAAGGAAUUAUUCUUUCACAUUCUGGAAGAUAUAGGCCAUAAAGUCGGCGAUGAAUUCAGAAUGGAAGCGUCCCUUGUAGACAUCAAAGGUUUGGAUGUAGAGGUGAAGAGUUGUGGGUACUGCUGGGUAUGUAAAAAUUCAACUUGAUUGUCAAGUAACGUUUGUUUCAUGUAUUUCUUCAAUAUACAAUUCAUACCAUUUUCCAGAGAUAUAUCACACCAUACUUCAAAUACAAUUUUAUCGAAUAUAUUAUUUUUAUAAUCUAUCAAGUUCUAUAUAUACCCUUAAGUCUGUCUUUCAUUAGA